AUGGAGGCUCUUGAUGAGAAGAAAGGGGAGUGGUGGCAUUUGCACAAGAGCAAGGUGCUGACGGGCACCUUUGACGAUGCCGCCUUCCAAAUCCAAAUCACCCUCCACGAGCAGCAGCCCCUGGCACCAACAACAUGCACCAAAGCCAGCACCGCCGCCUCACCACAGGCAGAGGUGUUGGAGUCGAGCGAGCCGCUGGCCGUGCCUCUGUUCGACGGCCUGGGCUACCACUGCGUGCCCCACUGCGGGGUCUACGCCCAGGACGACUACGAGCCCGCGCUCCCGUUCGCCUUCAUCUCCCUCCCCUACGAGCUCCUACAACGCACCCUGGACCUGGCCACAGCGACCACCACCACCACCAACGCCUGCCAGCGCGCGUCGUCGUCGCUCUACGUGAUGGUGCACCCGAUCCCGCGUAUGAAGGAGUGCCAGCACUUCAUGUGCGACUCGCGGCGCGAGAUCAACGUCAUCACCCACGCCUGGACCCUGCCCGACGUCCACUUCACGCCCGAGCUCGAAGUGGAGACGGACGUGGACGUCGGGCUGUUCGGGGCGUCGGGCGUCGAGGAGACCCACAUGAACAUGCAGGACUCCAAGUUCAACGGCCUCCCGUUCAACCGGAUGGAGCGACGAGCCGUCAUCAUCCACUGGCAGAGCUUCUCGCCGCUCAACGCGCAGAUACGGCUCAGCGAGAACCGGCCUUGGCACAGCUUCUUCCUCGUGUCCAGGCAUUGGCCGACGUCGCGACAGUGCGUGUCGUACCACAUCGUGAUCGAGUCGGACGAGGUCUACAACCGGGCGCACGAGGCCGUGGCGCAGAUGAACACGCUGGGCGAGCUGCUCGACUUCUUCCGCACCUUCGGGCACGGCGGCGGCGGCGGGGAGGAUCUCGACCAGUGGGACUACGACCCCUUCGCGGCCCUCACCCGGCUCGUCGAGCACUGCCUCGACCAGGUCCACCACCCACAACCACCAUCACCAUCUUCUUAG